GAAAGAAAAGGGGACAAAAGUACCCAGUGGAAGAGAGGAUCCUGAGUUUGUAAACGCCAUGGAAUUAGUUGCUGCAGCUGCAAGUUUGAGCCCGGCCACCAUUUUGGUGAUAGCUUUGAGCUUGGCAAUGGCCGCAAUCAUCUCCCACUCUCUUCUGAAACUCUCUGUAAUAAAGGCAGCACAAAAUUACCCUAAUUUGCCUCCUGGCUCCAUGGGCUUCCCAUUCCUUGGACAGACUCUCGGCCUUCUCAAGCCCCAUCCUUCAAACUCCAUUGGAACCUUCCUCCACCAUCAUUGCUCCAGGUACGGGAAGGUUUUCAAGUCUCAUCUAUUCGGGUGGCCGGCGAUAGUGUCGUGCGAUCAAGAGCUGAAUAUGUUCAUUCUUCAGAACGACGACAAACUUUUCAAAGUGAGUUAUCCGAAGGCGAUGCAUGGCAUUCUCGGCACCAAUUCGCUGAUUAUUGCCGCCGGAGACACCCACCGGAAGCUCAGAAACGUCGUCGUUAGCUUCAUCGGCUGGUGCAAAUCCAGACCCAGUUUCCUUCACUGCGUCCACAACCUCACUAUAUCUUUGAUGGACUCAUGGCGAUCCCAAAACCAAGUGUUCUUUUGCAAAGAAGUCAAGAUGUUUGCUCUUAGCAUUAUGGUGAAGGAACUUCUGGGCAUUGAAGCGAAAGAGGCGAUAGGAUCAAAAAUAUUGGAAGAGUUCGAAAAGUACAUGAAAGGCUUUGUUUCUUUGCCUAUAAAUCUCCCCGGGACAGCAUAUUCUAAUGCUGUCAAGGCUAGGGAGAGGCUUUCCUGCAUGGUAAAAGAGAUGAUGAGGGAGAGAAAAAGGAGGGGAAUGGUGGUGGGGGCUGAUGAGGACUUUCUACAAGUCAUAAUGUCAAAUUGGAAGCUUAAUGAUGAAGAGAUUGUGAGUGUUGUGUUGGACAUAUUGCUUGGAGGUUAUGAGACAACAGCUACCCUUAUGGGAUUGAUUGUCUAUUUUCUUGCACAUUCACCUCCCAAUGUUCUUGCAAAGUUAAAGGAAGAACAUGAAGCAAUAAGAAUCCGUAAAAGGAAUGGUGAAAGUCUCAACUUGGAAGAUUACAAACAAAUGGAGUUCACAAACAAUGUGAUGUUUGAAGCCAUGAGAUGUGGGAAUGUGGUCAAAUUUUUGCACAGGGAAGCGGUUAAAGAUGUCAAGUUCAAAGAAAUUGUGAUACCCUCUGGAUGGAAAGUUCAUCCAGUUUUCUCAGCAGUUCAUCUCGAUCCAGCCCUUCAUCCAAAUCCUCAACAAUUCAAUCCUUGGAGAUGGACGGAUGAUAAAGAAAUGGGCAAAAAAGUGACACCAUUUGGUGGAGGGCCAAGGCUUUGUCCAGGGGUUGAGCUUGCCAAACUAGAGAUUUCUUUCUUCCUCCAUCAUCUUGUCCUUAAUUAUAGGUGGAAGACAAGAGCAGAUGAAUGUCCACUAGCUUACCCAUAUGUUCAAUUUAAAAGGGACUUGUUGUUGGAGAUUGAGCCCUGCAGCUGCUGAUCAUCAAAUGAGAGACUGGUUUUUAAAUGAAACUUUAUUGUAAAAUAUUAUGUCCUAAGCUUUUGUGAAAUAUAGUAUAAUCUCUGUUGUAUUGUAACGGUAUAUGGUGUCCACACACCAAAGCUUGGAAUAUAUAUGUCAAAUUAAUGGCUUAUUUUUAGUUCUA